AUGGCCCUUCGAUCGGUGAUGUUCAGUGAUGUAUCCAUAGACUUCUCUCCGGAAGAGUGGGAAUACCUGGACUUGGAACAGAAGGACUUGUACAGAGAUGUGAUGUUGGAGAACUACAGCAACUUGGUCUCUCUGGGAUGCUUCAUUUCUAAACCAGAUGUGAUUUCCUUAUUGGAACAAGGAAAAGAGCCUUGGAAAGUUGUGAGGAAAGGAAGAAGACAAUAUCCAGAUUGGGAGACCAAGUAUGAAACCAAGAAGUUAUCUUUAGAAAAUGACACUUAUGAAAUAAAUUUAUCCCCGUGGAAGAUAAUGGAAAGAAUUAAAAACCAUGGCCUUAAGGGUCUCAUUUUAAAACAUGAUUGGGAAUCCACAGGAAAAAUGGAAGGACAGGAGAGACCUCAAGAAGGAUACUUCAGUAGUGUGAAAAUGCCAUCUGAAAAGGUGUCCUCUUACCAGAAACGCACAUCUGUUACUUCACAUCAGAGACUUCAUUUUGUCGAUAAACCCUAUGAAUGUAAGGAAUGUGGGAAGGCAUUCAGAGUGCGCCAACAGCUUACUUUUCAUCACAGAAUUCAUACUGGUGAAAAACCCUAUGAAUGUAAGGAGUGUGGGAUGGCCUUCAGACAGACUGCACACCUUACUCGACAUCAGAGACUUCAUUCUGGUGAAAAACUCUAUGAAUGUAAGGAAUGUGGGGAAGCUUUCAUAUGUGGUGCAGAUCUUAGAGUACAUCAGAAAAUGCAUAUUGGUGAGAAGCCCUAUGAAUGUAAAGAAUGUGGGAAGGCUUUUAGGGUACGAGGACAACUUACUCUGCAUCAGAGGAUUCAUACUGGUGAGAAACCCUAUGUGUGUAAAGAGUGUGGAAAGGCCUUUAGACAGUACGCACACCUGACUCGGCAUCAGAAGCUUAAUAGUGCUGACAGGCUCUAUGAGUGCAAAGAAUGUGGGAAGGCCUUUUUGUGUGGCUCUGGUCUUAGAGUACAUCACAAACUUCAUACUGGUGAGAAACCCUAUGAAUGUAAGGAAUGCGGAAAGGCCUUUAGAGUGCGGCAACAACUAACACUGCAUCAGAGAAUUCACACUGGUGAGAAGCCCUAUGAAUGUAAGGAAUGUGGGAAGACCUUCAGCCGUGGUUAUCAUCUUAUUCUGCAUCACAGAAUUCAUACUGGUGAAAAACCUUAUGAAUGUAAGGAAUGCUGGAAAGCCUUUAGUCGCUACUCACAACUUAUUUCACAUCAGAGUAUUCAUAUUGGUGUUAAGCCCUAUGACUGUAAGGAAUGCGGGAAGGCCUUUAGACUACUUUCACAACUCACACAGCAUCAGAGUAUUCAUAUUGGUGAGAAACCCUAUAAAUGUAAGGAAUGUGGCAAGGCCUUUAGAUUGCGCCAAAAACUUACUCUACAUCAGAGCAUUCAUACUGGUGAAAAACCCUUUGAGUGUAAGGAAUGUAGGAAGGCCUUUAGGCUU